CGUGCUGGGGCUCCUUUGGGCUGGCUGCCUUUGGCCGGCGAGGGGCGUGUUUGUGGGCCGGGAUUCAAGGCGGCGAGAGAGAGAGAGAGAGAGCGAGAGAAUCCGAAGCAGCCUCCUCAGGCUCGGCAGCAGCGGCCAGGCUGUGCUGGGCCCGGGGUCCCCCUCGGCUGCCUGUGGCCCCUGGAGGCCUUUCUGGAGGGUCCAGGAUGAAGCGUGUCCGCUGGCCUGGUCGGGCCCUUCUUCAUCUUCUUCCUCCCUCUCCUGCUCCUCCGCUGCUCCUCCGCUGCCUGGCGCUGCUGCUCUGCUGGGGGCUGCUGGGGCUGGGGCUGCUGGGGCUGCUAGGCUCCCCGAAGGGGCGGGCGGGGGAAAGGGCACCGUGCCCCAGCAGCAGCAGGGGCCUCCUGCUCCUCCCGGAGGGCCUGGGCCCCUGGGGCUGGGAAGAGGAGGCUGGGGCUGAGGGAGAGCGCUGGGGGGACGAGGGAAGGAAGCGGCGCCGGAGGCAGAUCUACCUGCACGCCAGCUGGCGGACGGGCUCCUCCUUCGUCGGGGAGCUCUUCCAGCAGCACCCGGAGGUCUUCUACCUCUACGAGCCCAUGUGGCACCUCUGGCAGGCCCUCUAUCCAGGCGAUGCCCUCAGCCUGCAGGGCGCCCUCCGGGACAUGCUGCGCUCGCUCUUCCGCUGCGACUUCUCCGUCCUGGCCCUCUACUCCUCCGCCCCGCAGGGCCCCGAGGAGGAGCCGGGAUCCCCGCUCUGGAGGGCGCCCAACCUGACCACCCGGAGCCUCUUCGGGUGGCGGACCAACAAGGUCAUCUGCUCGGCCCCUCUCUGCCGGGACUCGCCCUUCUCCCGCAGCCGGGUGGCCUUGGUGGAGGGCGCGGCCUGCGAGCGGAGCUGCCCCCCGAGGGCCCUGGAGGAGCUGGAGGCCGAGUGCCGCAAGGCCCCCGUGGUGGUCAUCAAGGACGUCCGCCUCCUGCAGCUGGCCGCCCUGGCCCCCCUCCUCCGCGACCCGGCCCUCGACCUCCGCGUGGUCCAGCUCUUCCGCGACCCCCGCGCCGUCCACAACUCCCGCCUCAAGGCCAAGCAGGCGCUGCUGCGGGAGAGCAUCCAGGUCCUGCGCAGCAAAGACCGGCCCCGACGGCUCCCGCAGCCUCCUCUUCCCCAUCAUCAUCCCCAGCCGCAGCCCCCUCGGGCGGAGGUCUUCCUGGGCUCGGCCCUGGAGGUGAUCUGCCAAGGCUGGCUGCGGGACCUGCUCCUGGCCCGGCGGGGAGGGCCCCCGUGGCUCCGGCGCCGCUACACCCAGCUCCGCUACGAGGACCUGGUGCGGGACCCCCGAGGGCAGGCCCGCAGGCUGAUGGCCUUCGCCGGGCUGCAGGCCCCCGAGGCCCUCCAGGACUUCGCCCUCCACAUGGCCCGAGGGGAAGGGGGAGCCCAGUCUUCCGAGGCCGCCCCCAAGCCCUUCCUGCUCUCCCCCCGCGACGCCAGGCAAGGCCUCCACGCCUGGAGGGAGCGCCUCAGCCGGGCCCAGGUCCAGCAGGUCGAGAGGGACUGCCUGGGGCCCAUGCGCAUCCUCCGCUACCCCCUCAGCACCAGCCCCGACGCACCCGCACCCGACCCAGGUUAAUUGGCAAGCAGCUAACGUGUGACAGAGAAAAUGGAAGAGGAACUAUGCAUUCCACAGACACUGGAACCAUCAGUGAAUUGCAACGUCUACUGUAGGUUCUGCACGGCAGAAUGAAUACUGACUAGCUUUAAGGAAAUGGAUUUCACUGUAAAAAUUACUUCCCCAAAUGCACAUGAUAAAUUGUAACAGUGGGGACCCACCAGUGAUAUGCUUUAUCUCCCAGCUUCAUUUUGCCAGUGUAUGGUCAGUUUUAAUUACUGGUGCUUCUGAGCAGACUUAUUUUUUAUGUACAUCUCAUAGAAGAUUUCAACAGAGUAUCUAGAUUGAGAUCCAGCAUUCCGCCUAGAGAAGGUAUUGAAAUGACAGUAGCUUUUAAGUCAUUCCAACUUCACAUCGUUUUACUUUUUUAAAAGUUUGUCCUUCAUUUUUUCCUUUCCUUUGAUUUUCUCCUUUUUCUAAUAAGUUUACAAGCAAAAAAGAAAAUGGAUACCACUAAUGGGAACCAAUAAGUGAAGAACAAUGAUGAUUUGAAAGCAAGACACAGAUUUUUAUUGUUUUCUAUGGGCUCUUUUCAAAAUAAACAUUUAGACUGUGACUGAACUGCCAAAACAGAAUUUCAUUUCUCAUGAAAUUUAUAUUUGACCUUAAAAAAUAAAGUGACUAUUGGUGCUAAGAA